AUCUCUCUGAGGGGGGGAACAUAUCGAAUUGAUUGAUCUCGUCAGUUGCCGUCGGUCAUGGCCUCCCAACAGCGAAACAGACCAGAUGAACCUAGCCCCCUGUCGCAGACCAUGAAGCAGGAUCCCACUUUACGAGGCUUCUUUCAUGUCGGUCUCGACGGCGUCGUUCGAUCAAUGUCUGGUAGCUACACGGUUCUCGAUGCUCGCGGACUCAGUGCUGUGCAAAUUGCCAACAUCAUCGCGCACUUUCCCCUGACAGAGGAAGAGAGGGAUAAAUACCACGGCAUGGAUGGUUCCAACAUCACAAAUCAUGACGAGCUGUACCAUCCGAGGCCGGGGAUCCUGCCGAAGAAACCAACAGAAGCGGAGCGAGACGAGAGGCGUCAGAUCGUCGAGGCAUAUCAAAAGGAGAGGGAAGGAUCAGGAAGUUCAGUGACUUGUAGGCUACCAGAAGCGGAUGGUGUGUCGACUGAGGAUCGCCUGGCCCAGGCACGGACCGAAAUCGAGGAGCGCAAUGCACUGCUGGAGGAGAGGGACCCGACCUUGACUUGUUGCAAGCCAUCACCGUUUGAAAAUAGUUAGACGCCUUAUUUCACAAUCCUCAAGGGUGGCCACUGCGCGACACGGUAUGGUCGCUGCAGCCCGAAUGCCGAAUUCUAAAGUUAGCAGUCCUAU